UGCAUCGAUUCUACAGAUAAUGUGCGUACAAGUCAAGUCAUGGGGAUUUCCGGUGGUGAUGUGCCUAUAUACAUCAUGCCCACAGAGGUCUCCUCUCCAACCUCACACCUUCACUCUUCUCUUCUCUUGAGCGCUCAAUCGAUGGCUGCGGCUGGUAGCGGCAGUUUCCAGAACGGAAGUAUUGCCUCGAAGCGUCUCAUGAUGCUCGUGGCCUUACUUCUCGUCUCCUGCUGUCCCGGCUAUGGCUUCGGCGAUGACGAUCAUGUCGACGUGGAGGGAAUCAGCAGCAGUUGCAUGGAGAGCGAGAGGAGAGCUCUCCUCGCCAUCAAAUCCGAGAUGUACGACCCCGACAACUGGUUCUCUACUUGGACCAGCAAAGACUGCUGUGGGUGGAGAGGUGUGGCCUGCGACAACACCACCGGCCAUGUCACCAAGCUCGACCUCCGCUACCCCUACACAUACGAUAUGUGGGAUAUGUUUAACGAUGGGGAAACAGUAGGCGUCAGCAAGGUAAAUCCAUCUUUGCAAGAACUGAAGCAAUUGAAGUAUUUGGAUUUGAGCAUGAAUAACUUCUCGGGUGCUCCUGUGCCCAAAAUGAUCGCUUCACUAGUCCACUUGGAAUAUCUCAACCUAUCUAAUGCCAUGUUCGAUGGACCAAUUCCUCCCCAGUUCGAGAACCUCUCAAACCUACACCAUCUCGACCUUCACGGAUGGUAUUUUGAUGAUUUUCUACAUGUUGACAAUCUCGAUUGGCUCUCCCGUAUUCCUUCUCUAAAAUAUCUUGACAUGAGCAAUCUCGACCUCAGCAAGGCGACCAAUUGGUUCCACAUAGUAAAUUCAAUCUCCACACUUGAAGUGUUGCGUUUGAGCGAUGCAGACCUGCCAUGUGUUCCAUCUCCUUUGCCCCCUUUCAAUCUAACAGCCAUCGCUACGUUGGAUCUGUCUGGGAAUUCCAACGUCACGUCUGCCACGCUAAGAUGGCUUUCUAACGCCACCAGCCUCGAGACCCUCCUUCUUUCUGGCUGUGGGAGUCUCACUAUCGAGUCGGUACAAGUUGCUCUCGGAGCUCUCCUUAAUAUGAAGGAAUUGGAUUUAUCAGACAACUCCCUUAAAGGAGAAAUUCGUGAAAUUCUGAACAAUGUCAGUAGCAGCAGUGGCGUGAAGCACUUGGAUUUGAGAUGGAAUCAAUUAUCUGGAGAUAUUCCUCCAGGGAGCCUUAGAGACCUGGAGUACCUGGACUUAUCAGGGAAUUCUAUUGUCGACGUGCAUAUCUUAGCUUCUAUAGGGAAUCUCACAAACUUGCGAUAUUUAAGCUUGGUCGACAAUGUAAUCAGCGGAGAAAUUCCACCAAUCGUAGGAAAAUUUGUCCGAUUGGAGUACCUAGAUUUGAGCUGGAAUCAAUUAUCUGGAGAUAUUCCUCCAGGGAGCCUUAGAGACCUGGAGUACCUGGACUUAUCAGGGAAUUCUAUUGUCGACGUACAUAUCUUAGCUUCUUUGGGGAAUCUCACAAACUUGCGACAUUUAGGGUUGUCGGCCAAUUCAAUCAGCGGAGAAAUUCCACCAUCCGUAGGAAAAUUUGUCCGAUUGGAGUACCUAGAUUUGUCCAAUAAUGGCAUCAACGGAAAAAUACCACAGGCCAUCGGCAACCUCAGUAACCUAUUGGAAUUACAUUUAUCAGGCAACAAAAUUGUGGGAUGGAUACCACCGAGCAUCGGCAACCUCACCAACUUGGUAUACUUAGAUUUAUCAUACAACAAUAUUGUCGGUUGGAUACCACCGAGCAUCGGCAACCUCACCAACUUGGGACACUUAGAUUUAUCAAGGAAUAAUAUUAGUGGAUACAUUCCAGAGACCAUUGGGGAUCUUCAAAAUCUACGGAUAUUAUUUUUAAGCAAUAACCAUAUUUCUGGGCAGAUACCAAAGAAGAUCGGUAAACUCCACUACUUGCAAAACUUGGACAUGUCAUAUAACAACUUAUCAGGUCAGAUACCAACUACGUUGGGUGAUCUAUGCAAUUUGACCCGGUUAGAUUUGUCUUUUAAUAACAUUGGUGGAGAUCUUACAAAUCUAUUCUAUGGUUUGUCUACUUGUUCACAAGGAGCAUCUAUAUCAUUCUUAGCCCUGAAGGGUAAUAAUUUAACCGGGAUUAUUCCUUCGAGCAUGGGCCAAUUAUCUCAGUUACAAGAGGUAGACCUCUCCUCAAACUCGCUGGCAGGCAACAUCACCGAGGCACACUUUUUAAAUCUUACAAGCUUAUCAGAAUUGAUAAUCGCUUCCAACUCCUUGAAUGUGAUGCUACCAAAUGAUUGGCGGCCCCCUUUUAAUGCCUCCAUUAUCGAUAUGAGCUUUUGUCAUAUAGGAGCAAAAUUUCCUGAUUGGAUUCGGACUCAACAACAAUUGCAAAGGCUUUAUCUAUCCGGAGUUGGAGUCUCAGGCAGCCUCCCUAUUUGGUUUUCAAAUUUCUCAAAAGGUUUAGAAAUUCUUAACUUGAGCUCCAACUAUUUGACUGGUCAAUUACCUUCUGCUCCCCAAUUGUUAUUGGAUCUUUCCAACAACUCAUUUGUUGGACCUAUUCCAUUGAGCUUCGAAGAAGCUACAUACCUCAUUUUAUUAUCUUUAUCUCAUAAUCAUAUCAACGGUGGUAUCCCUCCCUUCUUUUGUAAUCUGAAUUUUCUUGAAGUUCUCGACCUAUCGAACAAUCACUUAAUUGGAGAAAUCCCAGAUUAUCAUAAUUCAUUUCCAAUCUCUCUACAAUCUUUACAUUUAAAUAAUAAUAAUUUAUCCGGAAUGAUUCCUUCAUUUUUGAAAUACUGUGACCAAUUAAUUACCCUUGAUUUAGGUGAAAAUAAAUUAUUUGGUAAAAUUCCGAAAUGGAUAGGAAGAAACCUCUCGUCAUUGAAGGUUCUUCGUCUGAGGUCAAACUUAUUAUAUGGUGUUAUCCCUGAGAACAUAGUGAAUCUCACUUCACUUCAGGUUUUGGAUCUUUCUUCCAACAAUUUAUUUGGUAGCCUGCCAUCAUCUCUAGGAAAUUUCACUGCCAUGGUUGAGGUACAAAAUGAUACCAGGCCAUUGCUCCAAGGUAACAACUAUACUUAUAUCGAGAGCAGCUUAUUAACAACGAAAGGAUCAAUGGUCGAUUACACAACCAUUCUCUCGCUGGUGACAAGUAUAGACUUGUCAAAUAAUCAUCUCUCUGGUGAAAUCCCAAAAGAACUGACCAAGCUUCUCGGGUUGCGCUUCCUAAACUUAUCCAACAAUCAUUUGACGGGGAGGAUUCCAGAAAAGAUUGGUGAUAUGAAACAGCUAGAAUCACUUGACUUAUCGAUGAACAGUCUCACCGGGGAGAUACCUUCGAGCUUUUCUGCUAUGAGUUUUCUGGCCCGUUUGAAUCUGUCUUAUAACAACUUAUCAGGAAAAAUACCCACGAGUAGUCAAUUGUCGACCUUUGACUCAUGGACAUAUGUGGGUAACAAAGACCUUUGCGGUACGCCACUGCCAGAUUGCCCUGUUUAUCAAACUCCACCUGAUGACAGAGUUAAAGAUGAUGAGAAGCUCGACAAAUUAUUGGAGUACACCAGUAUUGUGGUAGGAUUUGCGGUUGGCUUUUGGCUAUUUAUUGGCACGCUCAUCAUGAAGCAGGCCAUCAGAUUCGCUUUCUUCCGAUGGAUCGACAAGGCCAGUGACUGGAUCUAUGUUCAGUUUGCAGUUAAGCUUGCGAAGCUCAAAUCCAAAUGGCAAACAACGACAUGAACUGCCGGACUCGCAGAACUUUGUUUUAGGUGUUACCAGAAUGCUUUAUAUAAGUUCCCGAUUUGCUGCUAUUUUGGGGUUUCUAUAAUAAAAAGCAGAUUGCCACCAGUUCAGCUGAUGCAGGAGUCAAACUAGAAGAAGAUGAUGAUGGAGAUAUGCUUGAAACAAUAACAUUAGAUGUUACUAGCGUUGUCGUGGGAUUCAUAGUUGUUUCUGGGGUUUCUAUCGGCGUAGUGAUCGUGAAGCAAGGCUUAAGGAUUACUCUCUUCCAACAAAAUGACAUCUAUGGCUGGAUGCAGAUAUGUGCAGCUGAAAGCUGAAGCCCAAAAUAAUGACGAAGAAUCAAUUGAACUGUGGCUAAGUGCUAAGACUGUCUAUGUAGACUUCAUGUAUUUAUAUGUUCUAGUGUUUUAUUUCAUGAACGACCAUUUGGUGUUGUCCAGAAAUAAGGUUAUUGUUUAAAGAUAACAUCUGAGACAUGGCAUCAGGAUUGCUCUGUUCCAGUUGAUCGA